AUGCUAGCUGGGGCUGAGGAUGCCGAAGACAGCGGCGGCGGCAACUGGGGGCGGCUGCUGCGUCAUGAACAGCAGCUGCCAGCGCAGCAACGGCAGCAGCAGCAGCAGCAGCAGCAGCAAGGCAUGACCUGCAGAAGCGGCAGCAAUGAGUACCCCAUCCGCUUCCCUUCAGAUCAGAGCUCUAUCGCUGCUACUCCGCGGGGCUCCCGGGAAGCACAAACGGUUUGGGAGCUGCUGCUGCAGCAGCAGCAGAAGCAGCACCAGCAGCAGCAGCAUCAGCAGCGGAGUCCAGAGCAGCAACAAACAGCAGCAGCAGCAGCAGCAGUAGAGCACGCGGAAGCUGCAGCAAAGCAGCCGAGGGUUCCCCGCAUCCCUUCAUUCCCGUCUUCGCCGCGCGAGCAGAUGUCUGCUGCCGUAGAGCAGCAGCAGCAGCAGCAGCAGCAGCAGGACGAUGAGCAGCAGCAGCAGCAGCAAGACCAGGAGCAGCAACAGCAGAUGAGCAGGAGCAGCAGGAGCAGCAGCAGCAGCAGCCGCGGCUGCCCUCUUGGGGCAGUGUCCCUCUGCCGCCGCCUAGGCGGUCUCCUUCUUUUGACGAACAGUGGGAUGAGGAGCAGCAGCAGCAGCAGCAGCUGCAGCAGCAGGGAGAACUGGCCCAUGCGGAGCGAGCGCAGCAGCAGCAGCAGCAGCAGGCAAAUGACGAGCCUCCUGUCUCCUCGGUAA